AUGAAUAGUUCUAAUCAGCUUACGUCGAAUUCGACGAAUCUUCACAACUAUUUUUUUAUUGCUAGCAUUGUCGAGGCUUCUUUGAUUGCAAUAAUUGGCUUUUUGGGAGUUACUUUUGGUAUCAUUGGGUUAUUUAUUGUGCGGAGGAACUCGUUUUUGAAAGGUAUCACCGGCCUCUAUGCAUCACUCGAUCUCAUCAACACUAUCAUUAUCAACGCAUGUCAUUUGUUAUGGGGAGUCCCGUGCGCACUUUGGAGUAUCAGUGAUUCAUUGCCGUUUUUGAAUUAUUUCUUCGGAAAUCUCAUCUUUACUUCUGUCGCUCUCGGUUUUUUGCCAAAGGUUUACUUGGGACUCAGUCGUUUUGUCGUAUUGGCUUUUAAUGGGAAAUACUCGGAAAGAUUCGAGCGGACGCGCCGUUUCCAAUAUGCUUCAAUGGUCAUCUACCCAUUGUGCAUCGCCAUUUUAUACUCACUUCCUGGUUGUCAUUGUGUUUUCUUGACCAAGAGCAAGAACUAUUUUUGGACAGAAGGAGAGCAAGGAUUGAGAGUUCUAUUCUACGCACAGCUCAUGGUUAGCUAUGUUUUCAUGCCAAUCACCACUUUCAUUGAUGCAUCAAUUUUUUGGAUGGUGCGCAAAAAAGUUUUCCGAGCGGCGCGGCAACGAACGAGUCAACAAAAGACCGAACAAUUGCGGAAAGAAUAUAGACUGGCUGCUCAGAUGCUGGUCAACCUAGUCAACGGCAUUCUUCUCAAUGUAUCCGUAUUCAUUUCGAAAGAUUUCUAUCUUGAUCUAAUUGCGGGUUUUAUUGUAAACACGAUGCUCUGGCAAAUCUGCACGAUGACUGUUUCAUUAUCUUAUGUCGUGUUUUUCAAAGAGAAACGAUCAAAAGCUCUAGCAAUUCCUUUAUUUAUUUUAUGUCUUCAA